AUGCAGCAAAGUGGACUCGUAGAAUUGCGCACUCUGGUUAAGUUGAUAGCUCGCUACACGACUACAUCGACGCAUCAAUCAUCACGUUUCUGCGCCUCUGCUCGUUGGCUUGACGAAUAUCGUAUCUGGGGCGAAACAGCCGCCCGUCUGCUUGAUCGAAUGACCCUUUUAGCUAGCUUGGUUUCUGCCAAUCCAACCGAGAUGCUUUAUGGGAAACAGGAGCCCAAUGGGUCUCGUCAAUCCGAUGAAUUUGAGCUUGCCAACCAACUGACGAGUGAUUGUGUUAAUAUAGCCAAACUCACUCGGCUAGUUGAUCGUUUGCCGGGUGUAUUACAUGACAUAUUGGCCAAGGCAAAUAGGCCCGAUCUGUCUGCGCUUAUUGCCGACCUGGGUGUCUGUCCAGUCGAACGCAAGAUAGCCACGUCAGAUGACCUGGACCCGUCACUUUUACGAACCAUCCCUUCGGCUAGAAGAGACAACGAAGAACUGGAGAACACACAUGACUAUCGUGUGAACUCGGCGAGUCUAACGAUCUGGCGUCGAACUCGAGAUCGUCUUAUGGGCUAUGAUCCUAUCUGUUACAAGGCAUCCGGUGUGGAUGAUGUAGCUCGUGAUUCGAAUACAAACAGACUAGAUGGCAGCCAAACGAGUACUACGUCUCAACAUCACGCCCGACGAUCUGGCCUUUCUGUCGAGGCUCAGGUAGACGCCUGUAUUGCGGAGGCCGUGGACACAACUAACUUGGCCAGAAUGUACGAAGGCUGGACGGCCUGGGAGCACCGGGCUCAAACUCGACUGGACGCCGCUGUUCAGCAGCCAGUGCUGUUCUCCGUUGAUCAACCUGGCCAGUUGAUCCUCAAGUCGCUACUUUUAUCACCAUCAAUGUCGCUGCGGCUGCUGCUGCUGCAAAAUCUACAACUACUUCUACUGCUACCUAUACUUCUGCUACUACAUCCUUUGCCGGGUGGCCCUAUAGGCAGGUCUGCAACCUAUGUAUCGCGUGCCUUGUGUGCGCCAUCUUGCCGGCGAUCCGGCUCCGAGUGCUUUUGA